UUGAAUAUGAAAAUAUGACAUAAGCAAAACAAAAUAAAAAUUGCAAGUCGGUGAAAAAAUAUCCGAAAGCAUCAGAAUCGGAAAAUGGGGAGCGUGGCGUGGAAGCAGCUUCUUCUGAACGCUUUGGAAUCCAACAGUCACCUCAAGCACUCUUCUUUCAUGCAACUCGCAACCAUAGGAACAAACGGAACACCUUCGAACCGCACUGUCGUUUUCAGGGGAUUCCAAGACAACACUGAUAACAUCCAAAUUAACACUGAUACCCGCACUCGCAAGAUUGAAGAGCUCAAGCUCUGCUCCUCUGCUGAGAUAUGUUGGUACUUCACAGAUUCCUGGGAGCAAUUUCGGAUAAAUGGGGAUGUAGAUAUCAUUGAUGGUUUGAAUCCUGACCCACUAAAACUUCAGCAAAGAGAAAAUUCCUGGUUUUCCAGUUCAUUGAGAUCAAGGAUGCAAUAUUUGUGGCCAAAUCCAGGGCUUCCCUGUCUAAAUGAGCAGGCACAGCCAGAAAUAUCAUUAGAUCCUUCUACAGGUCCAGUUGGUGCUUUUUGUCUACUGAUCCUGGAACCAAAUCAGGUUGAUUACUUGAAUCUGAAGAGUAACCAGAGGUUAACAUUCAAAUCAAGUGGGAGUGCUGCAGCAAAGAAAAGUUGGAUUGUGGAGAGGGUCAACCCAUAAUCUGUUCUCUGUCAGUGUCGUGUCCAGGUAUCACUGCAACCAGCAAAUUGCAUGACAUGAGAGUAUGGGAGAGAGGAUUGACAGGGAACGUGUUAGUCAGAUAUUUGUUAUACAAUUGUCACUUGAUUAGCUUUCAUGCUGCUCCUUGAAGAUUGUGCUUAUUAUAUAUAAACCCAGUAAGAUUGAAUGUGAAUUAGCCUUGUGUAUAGCAUCUUAUCUAUGUGGACACGUCACUGAGAAUCAGUAUUGAGAUGAAAACCUUGGAGAAAA